AGGAGCACGGGGUUUCGCGUGCGAAGCCCGACGCGGCAGUUUCCGGCAGCACCAUUGCCCGCGUUCACUCCCGCCGCCCGCACGUCUUCCUCCCUCAGUCACCCAACCGCACUAUCAAACCAGAGCUUCCGCCCGUUCACUUCCCCGAACAGCUGCUGCCUUCGCCAAGCACGUGACUGAUGCCUGCCUCUUUCUGGCUUGCUAUAUAGAUAUCCACACAAACCCCGAGCUUGACGACGAAGCGAACUGACUUUGUCUGCCAUCCAACACUCAUCCCUACCACGUCAUGCUAAUGAAGAUAUCAUCCUAAGUAUCGUAUUCAUCCACGGCCACAGCUGCUCCUACCAGCUCUUGGUCUUCCAUAUGCAGAGUUCACAACAACUCUGAGGAAUCCGUUCCGUCUGCUUGUUUGCACUAACGGCUCGAUCACCAUGCGUGUGUCAUCUGCAGUAAUGUGCCACGGCUCUCUGUUGUUUGCGGCGGCGUCAGCUACACCAAGCGUCUAUGCGGCAACAGGUUCCCCAAGUGCGUCAAUCGAGAUCUCCGCAGACAGCGCGUCGAGCCUCGCCAGCUAUGGCUUGUCACAGCGACUUCAGGAUGCCAAGAACACGAUCGACAAGAUCCCGAGCCUUCCUCUCUGCAAGCGUACGGCGAUCAACACUCUGCUAACCACCUGCGCCGAGCUCAAGUCCGACUUCUCCGAUCACAGCAACUCCCACAUCGAGGCACGCCUAGAUGCGGAGAGAGGCGCCUUCGCCGUCCGAAUGGCUAUUUGCCAGCUGGAGGGCGACGGCGUACAUAUCCCAGACGCCUGUCGGAUGUUCCUGCCCACAGCUGCGAACACCGAGCGCAAGCUGUUCUCCGGCAUGCUCAGUAGUCUUCCCUUCGCCAAGCCGGUGCCCAGGUUUCCGGACUACGAGCGCGAUACCGUAUUGCACCUUCCAAGCUGCCGGCAAGCUCUGCACGAUGAAGGCAAGGCUCAAGGCUGGCAGGUCUAUCUGCACCACCUCCAACAGGCGGCGUUCAACUGCUAUGCCAUGCGUGGCGAGACCGAAAAGGACGAGGAGGUCAACCUUCUUCGAGCAUUGCUUAGCACCACCGGCGACGUGGAGGCGGCCAUGCGCGAUGCCAAGGAGGACUUUCUCGAGCUGUUUCGAGACCUGACGGUCAAGUCUCGUCAGCACUUCGUUGAUGUCUUUCAAGACAGCGACGAGCAUCUUGAGACCGUCCAGCGCUUUAUGGCCGAGUGGCAGUCUAGCUCCGAGCAGCUCAAGGAGAACCUGGAGAACGUCAAGGUGGGUUUCCAGCACUUGCACGACGACCUCGAUCAAGCCAGCAGCAAGAUCCAAGACAAUCAGCGGCAGCACAACGAGCUCGCUACCGCUCAGAGCACUCACUUGCAGCAAGCGACCGACCAGAUCAUCGAAGUGCGCGAGCUCCACACCUACAUCCUCGAGCUAGUGCAACAAAGCCUACUGCAAGCACUCUUCUCCGCGACCAACGAAACCGCGCUCGUCGUGCAGCAAGUCAACGAAGCAAGCAGCAGAUUCAUCGACUUCACAACCAACAUCAACGACCUUGACGAGCAGAUCAGAGACAUCAAGGAGGAGACGAAUAUGUUGAAAGACACGCUUGACACGUUCACGACGUGGCUUGGUGGCAACCUCACGAGCAGUGCUCGCAGUCUGGCCGUCUUCUCAGCCUACGCAGUCGUGUAUACGUGUUUCUUCAUACCGCUCUGGCAGAGGCUCGUGAGCGUCCCGUGGUGUCUGUUUCCGGCUGUUGCUUGUGGAGGUGCCCUAGCAUUCCUGUCGACCGUCUACGAGCAGCCACACAGCGUCAUCGCCACAAUGCUUAGCAACCCCUCGGCGGCAGACUGGUUCGGUCUCGGAGGCUGGGUCCUCUUCGGCGUUACAAUCACCGCUUUCGCCGCUGUCUCCACUCUCGAGCGUCGGAGAAGCCAGUACCGCAGCAAAGCUCGAAUUCGCGACACGGUGGGAGAGGCGAAGAUGUUGACCUUCAGACUUCCUGUGAAUGAUCCAAGAGUGAUGGAGAAUAGGCGGGUGACGAUGUCGAAGUGGCAGGUGUGAUGUGCUCGUCUUAAUCUGACACUUGUUGUCAAGGCCAGCGUGCUGGCAUAACGAAAGGGCGGCGUGUGGGAAGGGCGACGGUGCGGUAGGGUGGACGGAGUUGGCUGCACUAACGCCUCCAGCUACAGCUCUACAUGGGAAUGCGGGUGGGUGGAUGUUUCGAGCAUUUAGCGGGACUGAUAUAAACCAGCACGACUAUUCUCUUAGCCACGAAAAGUUUGAACCUUCCCUUGCUGCCGCCA